GAGCGGCAUGGUCCCCAAACAUAUGUUCUUUAACUUUCAUUCCAAUAUGCAAGAGAAGGAUCUCAUGUUUGCUGCUGAGAGGAUGAAAAAGAUAGAGAAGCUUUUCUUACCAGUCUCAAUGGCUCUCAUGUUCAGUCAAUGGAAGAAUCUUAAAACACUGAUCAUCGCUCAUUGGAUCAUUUCCGCCCAAUCCUCUGAGAGUAGGAGAAACCUAGCUACGGAUUUCACUGGCAAUCUCAUAAAUAUCUCCCUCGCUAGUUGUAACGUGAUGGAGAAUUUGGAUAGCUUAGGAGAAGUUUCAAAAUGGGCAGAUGUAAACAGAGACAUUCUUGAACUUAUCUUCAAUAAGCUCGACUUGAUGGACAUUACCAUGGGAGCUUCACGUGUAUGCAUCUCUUGGUUCCUUGCCUCUCACAAAAGUACUUUGUGGAACACGGUCGACCUCACCAAGCUUCAAGAAUUAGAUAUCUCCAACAGUUUUGUCUUUAAGAGUAAAGUACGACCAAUCUUCUAUUACAAGCACCCGGUUGACGACGAUGAAGGCCUUUCUAAGAAUCUUUUGACUAAGAUCAUCUCCCGGUUCUUUCAUGACUUUUUUGAAGUACAAGGCGGCAUAAGUCUCAUGAAUCUAUUGAUUGAGAUCAGCAAGUUGAGCCGCAUGACCCCGAAGAAUUUGUUCUUUAACUUCAAUUCCUAUUUACAAGAAAAUGGUCUCAAGUUCGCUGCUGAGAAGAUGCCAAAUAUAGAGAGACUUGCUUUACCAAUCUGGUGCUAUCAAACCAAGAAUUCAAUGCGGUUUGCUUUCAGUCAAUGGAAGAAUCUUAAAACACUGAUCAUCGCUCAUGAACACUCUUUCACCGGGACAUUUGAGUUUCAGGCUGUGGGAGAGAGUUGUAGUAACCUAACCAACUUAAAAUAUUUGGGUCAUUUGGAAGAUUACAAGGCCAUUGAAAUGGUGCGUUACCUCCAUAGCCUCAAGAGGUUGAGUUUACGGUGCUCUUUGGUUAGUAACCUAGCAGUUUACCGCUUAAUCAUCGGCCUUCGAAACCUCACGAUUCUUAAUGUUUUACAUUGCAAACUCCCGCAUGAUUUGCUUCCUAUGGCGAAAUCUAUAGGCGGUUAUGUUAUAACGACCGCCACUCAAAAGCUUGAAAAAUUUAUCAGAUGUUCUCAAGAUUGUAGGAUUUGCAAAGAUCGAUGUCCCUACUCCUGGUCGUAUCUCGCUGAGGAUUGGCCGAAAGAUGAGAUAAAGGAACUUGAAUUCUGAAAUUUCUGAGAAUCAGUGUUUUGUUCUCCCUACUGAAUUGGGAAGCUGGUGGUUUAGUGCUUUUUU